AUGUCGGAAUCGAGGCAACGCAGACAGGAGGAGUCCAACUCGGGAUUCAAGGGUGCCCUUCAGGGCCUCGGAAUCUUUUUGUUGGUCCAAUUCGGUAUCAACCAGUUCAUGGGAAGCAAGAAUAGUCCCUCUUCUCCCAGCGAAAACACUGGUGGAAUUCCCGCAUUUGCCGAUCGUCCUCAUCCGAGCGAAUACACCGAGCAGAGUCCCCUCCCGGAUCUCAUCGCCCCAAUCUGGCCCGCCGACAGCGCUAUUGAUCUUAGCAUCUACGUGACCCCCUCGAUCGUUGUUCCCAAAUUCACCUCCCCCGACAGCGCUCUUGUGCUUCAGGAGAAGAACUUUACGAUUGGAAACUACAGCGACACCCGUGAAAUUGACACCACCAUUCGAGUCCCGAAGCAAGUUCAGCAGAAUGGCACCCUUUGGGCUCACUUUUUUAUGGCUCGCACUGGAUACCAGCUCGAUCCUUCUGCCAAGGACUACAACACCGCCGACGCCGUUCAUUUCCUUCGCCCUUUGAACCAGUAUCUUCCCAAGAAGAAGGUCAAGAAGUUGAAGAACCUCCUUACUGGCCCCGAAGAUGAGCGCGACGAAGAAGAAGAUAAGACCCCAGAAUGGUCUACCAUGUCGUACUAUCACCCCAACUUUACCGUGUCCAUGAUUCCGGAUUCCGGAACCACGAAGUUGGGCCAGAUGCACCCUGCGGUUCGCCAGUAUGUCCAGCUAGAGCGCACUGGUGCUCGCGAUGGCACUGGAAACCACGGAUGGUACUACCCGAUCGCUUUUGUGAACACUUUCUGGCAAUUGAAGACCCACAUGACCGAGCUUAAUUCCACCGUCGAGACUGUGCCCAUGCACAUCACCAUCAACAACCUGGCAAACUGGAAGUUUAGCAUUCUCAGCAGCGUUGAUGAGGGCUCUAAGCAAAGCUCUCGUCAAGCUGCCUAUGGAGGCUCCGCUCCUGGCGGCGGCGAUGGAACCGAAUGGGAAAUGGUCAAGGAGAUUCUGCUGGAUACCAACAUCUGGCUCCUCGGAACCACUGGUAUUGUUACCAUCUUGCAUAUGCUGUUUGAGACACUGGCUUUCAAGAACGAUAUUGCCCACUGGCGCAAGAAGAAGGAUGUCGUUGGUACGUCCGUCCGGACCAUUUUGGCAAACGUCUUUAUGCAAGCUGUAAUUUUCCUCUACCUUGUGGACAACAGCGAGAACACUUCUUGGAUGAUUCUGGCCAGCCAAGGAUUCGGUAUCCUGCUGGAGUUCUGGAAGAUCACCAAGACCGUUGACGUUCGCCUGCGCCCGCCCCCAGCUACCUCAUUGUUCUCCUUCCUACCGUAUGUGAUUGUCUUUGAGGACAAGCACAAGCUCAGCGAGACCGAAGAAAAAACUAAGGAAUACGACGAGAUUGCCUUCCGCUAUCUUUACAUCUUGGCUGUGCCGCUUCUGCUCGCAUAUGCCGCAUACAGCCUGGUCUACAACACCCACAAGUCGUGGUACUCAUACAUCAUUGAGACUCUCGUGGGCAGUGUCUACGCCUACGGUUUCCUCAUGAUGGUGCCCAGUCUCUACAUCAACUACCGAUUGAAGUCUGUUGCCCACAUGCCCGGCAAGGCCUUGACCUACAAGUUCCUCAACACCUUCAUCGACGAUCUCUUUGCUUUCACCGUCAAGAUGCCUUGGCUUCACCGCCUAGCCACUCUGCGUGACGACGUCAUCUUCUUCGUCUGGCUCUACCAGGGUUGGAAGUACAAGGUUGAUUACAAGCGCGUGAACGAAUUUGGACAGGGAGGUGACAGCGACGAGGAAGAGGAGCCUACCCCUGCAGUUGAGGACAAGAAGGAGGAAGUGACCGCUAAGUCAUCUUCCAAGGCUACUCCCAAGUCUGAUACUCGCAAGAGGAAGUAA